AUGGCGCUGCCCCCCGGCCCAGCCUCCCCCCGCCCGCCGGUGUGUGUUUACAUCGGGCAGGAGGAGCCGGAGCCCCAGCGCCGGGGGAGACGGGCACGCAGCCGCCGGCAGCCCGCCCUCCCUGCAUCCCCGCCGGGCGGUGCUCCGGGAGACGCGGCAUGAAGGGYCCUAGCUUAGAAACACAGAUGGUGGAUGAUGAAACUGAGACUACAAGUGAAGAAUUGCCUCCUCAUCUGCAGGAAGAGCCUCCUGAAGAUGCCAGCAAGGACCACCCACAGCAGCAGGCAGGAGUCAUCUGGAGAGUGACAGGCGGCCUGUUCAGCAUCACCCGCGGAGCCGUGGGGGCCACACUGGGAGGAGUUGCCUGGGUGGGCAGCAAGAGUCUGGAGCUCACCAAAACAGCUGUGACCAGUGUCCCCGCUGCUGGCGUUGGACUGGUGAAGGGCAGCGUCUCGGCAGUGACCGGCGGCGUCGGAGCUGUGGGCAGCGCGGUCGCCAGCAAAGUCCCUUUCACUGCAAAGAAGAAGGAUAAGGCUGACUAAUCCCUGUCACAGCUCCCUUCCAAAAGAUCGACCUGCCCAUACUCUCCCCCACCCAGCACCUCUUUGAGUUGGAACCAGCUGCUUCAGGGAGGGUCGAGCACCCGAGCAGACUCUGGCUGCAGCCUGCUCAGCACCGCCUGCCUGGCUCAGAGCUCACAGAGCCACUGUCAAUGCCUUUCACUCCCAUCACCUACUGGGAACCAUCUUUACUCCGAGGACUUUAAAGGCACAGUUGUCUCUGUCUUGUAGUUUCCUUCCUCCCUUCUUGCUCUUGUAAGCAUGGAGGGAUGGGAGAAGGCAUCAGGCUCCAUCUGCCUGGAGGUGAGGAGAGUAACAGGGGAUGGGGGGAACUAUGCCUGGCUUGAAGUGUGGGUUGUGUAGUCAAAUUCAACUUCAACUGGGAAGACAGCCUCUGAAACACCCCUUCCUUUUGCUCUGGGAGGGGUGUUUGGGAGGUGUGCCUGGCAGAGAAACUGUACAAGUCCCAUUGACACAAAGGAGAGAUACUGUGAAGAGGGGGAAGCCUCCCUCCUGCCCUGCGCCUCUUACCUUUUCUUGGCAGGGCCCAUUCCCACAAGCUGCUCCCAAUCUCCUACUCCCUGGCUGAACUGCACCCUUCAGAGAGGGAAUGCUCAGACUCAGCAGAGCAGCUCUGGGGAUGUUGCCUCACCAGAGUAUGACAUAUUCCAGACCAUCAACUUCUGUACAGAUUUUCUUGGUGAGAGGGAGGAGUAUGAAAGCUGCUGUAUGCUCCCAUUUGGGGAAGGAGCUGACAGUGGCACAUGCCAGGCCUCUGUGAUAUUGCAGUACAGGCAGUGAUGUUCCACAGAGAGACCAGGCCUUUUGUUUGACCCUUGAAGUCCUUCCAGUAUCCCUGUCUGCAACAAGGGCAUUUGGUCUCUUGGCCACACUCAACUCCACAGACGUCAGUAGUAACCAGGAGCAAGUGUGUUCCCAAAUGCCACCCAAAUUCUGCUGCAGGGAUGGAGGGGAGGCCGAGAGUGUUGCUCUCCCCAUGACUCAGCACCCUGGGAGUGGUGGCCUGGGUGUGAGUGGGCUGCACCACGCUGGAGAACACUUCCCGAGGGGCUGAGCGUGCUCCAACAGCAGCCAGCCUGCACAGGGCACCAGCAACUCCUCCUCUGCACACUGCUCCUGGAGCCCCAGCCCGCUCCUCUAAAUGACCRUGUUGCACUAAAUAGCCCACCCAUAGUCGUAGUGCCGCAGAAACCCAGACACCUGCACCCACCUGGGAGUCACAGCCAUCCUCAGUCUGGCCCGUGAUGCUCAAGAGCCACGUGGCAUUGCACACACACACACAAACACAAAUGGGCACUCACUCACUCACCCCAAGGUCCCCUGCAAUUCUUAGGACGAGGAAGGCCACAGGCUCCACCAUUAAUUCUGCUGCUCCUGGCUUUGGCAGGUGAUGUGCCUAGGUCCAUAGCUGUUGGAUGCAUAGGCAAGUGAAGCAGUGCUUGUGCUGUAUUUUAUAAAUAUGCAUCUGUGUUAGCGUGCGUGUGUCAGUCCACAGGCAUGUCUUCAGCCAGGGAAACAAACCUGUGCCACUGCCGCAGAGGAGUUUACAUUGUCAUCUUCAGCACUUUUCAGCAUAUAGUUUUAUAUAGGGUCCUGGUCAAAAGAAAAAUCAUGUUUUAGAGGAUGUUUUGCCCUCUGUUGCCCAAGCGCRUAGUUUAUUGAAACCAAAGGAAUGUGAAAAAUCCCCUUUCUCCCGUCUGUGCUGUUUGUUUUCUCUCAGCCCUAUCUUUUGGACAUUGAAGCCAGCUUUCUUGAUCUUCAUUUCCCCUUGGAGGUCGUUGCACUUCCUGACUGCUCUCUUGUGCUUAGGUCUUAGACAUCAGGGAAUAUUUUAGUACAACCCACACACCCACCCCGCCACCAUUUUUGCUGAAUAUUCUUGGUCUUGUGACGCAGUUUUCAUUCUGACCUUUAUUAAAUCCACAUUUUGGGACGUGUGUUGCUGUGUCCCUGUGAUAAUCAUGCUGGUGUUAUUCACUCUCCAUACCCAUUGCUAGGUAGCCCCUGCUAUUUGCGGUGGUAAGAAGCUGCUGAUCUCCACAGUUUGUUACUCUUGAUAGCACGAGAGAGGUUUAACUUACAUCUUUGUUUCUAAGAGGAAGGAGCAUUUGGUAUAUGUGUGCAUUUCCUCACUUUGUCUCCUUUGUUCUGGUGAAGGCCAAGUUGACCCAGACAUGUCAGUUUUGUCUCUGAAGGCAGCAACUUCACAGAAAGAUCAGGCCUUGAUGUGUGCCUGUACUGUGCUGGGAUGCUCGUGGCAGUUGGCAAGGCCAGAAGAAGUCUUGUCUGUUCUCCCUUUGUCUCAAAGCAGGAGGACAGUUUGCACUGCAUGGAUCUCUGCUCUCCCUAAGCUCAUCUUAUCUCUUGUUCCAGAUCACAGGCUGCACCUGGAGCAAGCUCUAGCCCCAAAGCUAAAAGCUGCUUGUUUGUAACUAGCUGUGUUGUCACCAACCCUCUGGGAAAGAGAGUUUCUGGCCAGUUGGGACUGAAGAGUCKUCUUUCUAAAUGUCUCUCCCAGGUCUUGGACAGGAGAGGAGAGUAUCUAGGAACCUUCAGCAGCCAGCCCUGGGUGGRUGGUGGGAGGCUCAUCGUGCUUUUGGCUAAACAUUGUCUCACACAGGCUCUUGCUGGGGGAGGCAGAACAUCCUGCCCAAGCUGUUGUCUGCAGGCACUGAGUGUACAGAGCCGGCGUGGCAGAUGGGAUAAAGGUGAUUUAAGGAAGGCCACAGGGUCUCUGAGGGUUUCCCAUCUUUUUAUUUCUUCUUUUCAGUGCAUCCUUGCAGUAAAUGGAGURAAGCUUGCCAUUUGUCUGGAACUGCCAUUUCCUUGCAGGAUGGCCUGGAGAAGAAGAGAUGAGCUGGAGAGGCAAACUCACAGCCUAAAUCGCUCUUCUUACAGCCCAGCUAAAGGAGAACUCAGGGCCAUAAGUAGCARAAGGAAUCAAAUUAGCAGGCAGGGGUAGAUGAUAAAAUCUACUCCAAAACCAGGGCCUCACAGGUAUUCAGGAAUAAGUAACUCUGCAGGACUCAACGGCCUGCUCAGUUCAUCAUGGUGACCCAGUCCCAGCCUGCUUUUCUGGGCAUUCACAGUGGCAGAGCAGAGGGAAAACAGGGYAGUCUUCCCAGUCUAAAAGUAAAGAUGCCUCCUGACAGCUUUGAUUGCAGGACAGUGGGAUCUGGAUUGGAUGGGGAAGCUGUUGGCUCUUGUCAGAUGCCCCAUCUUUGCUCCUCCCCCACUACAGAGACUCCAGCCACCUGGGCUACUGGUGCAGCCCUUCUCUCACUACCCAUUCACGGUACCAAGGGCAAACACUGUGCUGUGCAUAAAUCCCAUGGCUAUCAGAUGGGGUAGCUUGGUAGAGAAUAGGAGGGGGUGGCACUGGGGUAGGGAUUGAAGUUAGUUGGUACCCAGAUGAUGAGAGUGGUGACAGAAGGAGUUGAGGGGAACAAGAAAAUUGUGGAGGGAGCAUGGAGAGAAUUUGUUCCUUAGGACAGGCUUUGAAUCAGAAAAUGAGCACAAGGAGUUUGUCCUAGGGAAGAGCACAGAAAGGGGAGUGGGUAAAUGUGGGUUUUGGUGGUUGGUGGUGGUUCGUGCCUGGCUUGUGCCCUGCUUCCACAGUAAUGAUGAUUGCUAGGGAUUUCCAUUUAGAUAGAUCAAUGGAUGCUCAAAGCAUCAUAUCAGCUCCCUUCUUAUCAGUAACCUUCCCAAAACUCCCCCACUCUUUUGUCAUGAUUUCCCCAUGAUGGGGCUGGGUGUCUCCCAUGGUGGASGUGGGAUGUGGCCCUAUAUGCAGCCCUGUGUCCCACCUUCACUGGCUGUUGCUUGUGCCCACGAAACACGACCUGGUUGAAAGGAGACCCACAGGCGCAUCCUCUCCUCCCUUUUCCCUUUCCUUAGUCUCAUCAUCCUUCACUUUUUUAUCCCUCCCUUAGCUUUCAGUCUUGCCCAUGGAUAGAGCUCCCCGAAACUUUUGCUGAGACCUUCGUUAAACAUCCACACUCGCAGUGUCUGGGAGGGCAGAGGGUGAUUGCCCCCGCAGCUCCCCUGGCUGGGAGAGAAGUGCAUGUCUUCCACCCRCCUCGGUCCCCUUGUGUUUUGUGUGUGGAAAAUCCUAACCUACUUCUUUUUCUCUGGGUUCCCUUUUUGGCUCUUGUCCCUGUGGGUGGGUCAUUUCCGUGUCUCCAUUGCAAAGUCAUCCUUGUAAAAACAACAGCAUGAGUGGGAAUAUGGAGAUGGUUAGAGAGCGCCGCAGAGCCAGGGCCCAACUCUGCUUCCCUAGGAGCUGAGGAGCCCUUUGGCAACCCAAAACUGCGGCCACGCGGUCCCCUGCACAGUGCUGGGCUCCAGAGAACACUUUAGUUCUUUAUCAUUUCAUUGUCUGUAAUUGGUUUCCUACUGAAUUUGUUUGCUUGGUUUGUUUUGCAGUGUGUUUCUGGGAAUAUUCUGCAUCUCUGUAUUUUAAUUACAGUAAAA